CGGAGGCAAUGUGGACUUAUGCCCCACUUCUGAAUGCCCUCUGUGGCCUCUUCCAGCCCCGCAGAAGAAGGAUGUCAGUCUGCUACCGGCCCCCUGGGAAUGAGACACUGCUGAGCUGGAAGGCCUCACGGACCACUGGAACGGCCUUUCUAUUGCUGGCGGCGCUGCUGGGGCUGCCCGGUAAUGGCUUCGUAGUGUGGAGUCUGGCUGGCUGGCGGCCCGCACGUGGGCGACCACUGGCGGCCACGCUAGUACUGCACCUGGCGCUGGCCGAUGGCUCGGUCCUGCUACUCACACCGCUCUUCGUAGCCUUCCUGACCGGGCAAGCCUGGCCGCUGGGCCAGGCGGGCUGCAAGGCUGUGUACUACGUGUGCGCCCUCAGCAUGUACGCCAGUGUGCUGCUCACCGGCCUGCUCAGCCUGCAGCGUUGCCUCGCCGUCACCCGCCCCUUCCUGGCGCCCCGGUUGCGCAGCCCGGCUCUGGCCCGUCGCCUACUGCUGGCAGUCUGGCUGGCCGCCUUGUUGCUUGCUGUCCCGGCCGCUGUCUACCGCCAUCUCUGGGGGGACCGCGUUUGCCAGCUGUGCCACCCGUCGCCCGCCCACGCCGCCGCCCACCUGAGCCUGGAGACUCUGACCGCCUUUGUGCUUCCUUUUGGGCUAGUGCUUGGCUGUUACAGCGUGACGCUGGCGCGGUUGAGGGGCGCCCGCUGGGGGUCUGGGAAGCAGGGGUCGAGGGUGGGCCGGCUGGUGAGCGCCAUCGUGCUCGCCUUCGGCUUGCUCUGGGCUCCCUACCACGCAGUCAACCUACUGCAAGUGGUGGCAGCACUCGCUCCACCAGAAGGUGCCUUGGCGAGGCUCGGCGGCGCAGGCCAGGCAGCGCGGGCUGGAACGACAGCCUUGGCCUUCUUCAGCUCUAGCGUCAACCCAGUGCUCUACGUCUUCACCGCUGGGGAUCUGCUGCCUCGGGCGGGUCCCCGGUUCCUCACACGGCUCUUCGAGGGCUCUGGAGAAGCCCGAGGGGGAAGCCGCUCUAGGGAGGGUACCAUGGAGCUACGAACUACUCCCCGGCUACAAGUAGUGGGGCCGGGAAAGGGCAAUGGAGACCCAGGGGGUGGGGUGAAGAGGGGCAGUCAGGAAUGGGAUCCUUGACACCAAACCCUACAACCAUGUCUGCUUUUCCCCUACCACUUUUCAUCUUCCCUGAAACUCACUCCUCUGAGGCAUUUGGGGACCCUUUUCCAACUAAUUUGGAUCUGGCUGGGUAGGAUUAUUACAUACCUGGGGCAGGUCCAGAUUCCUCAAAACGGAGGGACUUUGAGGAUAGUGAUGUCCCUUAUUAAAAAAUGCUGUGUGCUUGCAAGUUGGCAUAUACCCAUGUGCCAGCAUUGCUUACUUGUUGCCAGUGACUUUAUUGUGAAAUACAUUGGGAAGUCAUUAGAUGAUGAC